AUGACCGACGACUACCGCGUAGCGAAGAAGCAGAAAGAAUCUUCUACAGCAUACACAUACCAGCGACUUCCCCAAUAUGGAGCCUAUCGUCAAGGAACCCAACGAGCAUUUCCACCGCAUAUCGGACAGCAAGCGACACCAAGUCAAUAUCCAAAGCUAUGUGCUCCACAAAUAUACGUCCACACUUCGGCCGACGCCCAGCUCGCUGCUUACAAAGAUGCCUUCAUCACCAAGGCAUGGCAUGAUGAGUGGCAGAAGGCACCGGAGGAUUUUGGACCGGCGAGGCCUAUGGUGUUGCUCAAUCAGCCCGCGAGAAUCAACUUGCCCAGACACGCACUUCGAACAAAAGACGUUCAUCUCAACCACUGGGAUUGUGCACAUGAGCCUGAGGGUGCCAAGACCCAGCGUCAGACAUUGGAGCAAGAGACAGCAAAGAAGAAGGAGAAGAUGAGUGUAAUAGAAGCGAUGAAGCAAGAGCAGAGGAGGAUAAUGGUCAAGCAGGCCGCACUGAACGCGCAAGUCAUCGACCUUACCGACGACGAUGUCCCAAGUGCCUCAUCACUGUGGAUGUAUCAUGGGGUUGACAACACGGAAAACUAUCCCCCAGUCUGCAACAAUCGGCCUUGGAAUUAUGUGGAAGGCAUGACGGACUAUGACUGCUUCCUUUCUGGACUCCCGUUCGACAUGUCCGUACUGAAUACAAACUGGGACACGAUGUGGGGUCCGCAAAACGGGUACAGUUCGCAACAAAGUUAUGGUGUUUCUUAG